AUGGCCUCUACAUUCCAAUCGGUAGUGUUGCAUAAACGACCAGAGAAGGAAAUUGUUCUCGGCGAGACAUUUUCCAUUAUUACCACGCCCAAGCCAACCAAAGAAGAACUUAAGGAGGGAGAAGUUCUGAUCCGGGUCAAGUACAUUAGUAUUGACCCAGGGAUGAGAGAUUGGCUAAAUGAGCCUGGCUCGUAUAUGGCGCCUGUCGCCAUAGGUGAGACAAUGCGAGGCUUUUCUGUCGGAGUUGUCGAGGUUAGCAAUAGCUCAAAGUUCGCUGUGGGAUCGUAUGCGACAGGUUUACUCGGCUGGACAGAACUAAAAGUCGUCAAUGGGGAUGAGUUGCAACCCUUCAAGAUUCUAGAAAAGGGUAAACUCGCAGAUGCAUUGAGUGUGCUAGGAUUUACUAGCCUUACGGCAUACCAUGGUAUGAAAAAGAUAGCAAAGGUUAACCCCGGGGAGCUUGUUGUGAUCUCAGGUGCCGCAGGAGCGACGGGAAGUAUCGCUGGGCAGAUUGCCAAGAUCCAGGGUGCAAGAGUUCUUGGUCUUACUGGCAGUAAUGACAAAGUUCAGUGGCUGAAGGAUAUUGGUUUCGAUGAUGCCUUAAACUAUAGGGACGAAGACUUCGUUGAAAAGUUCAAAGCUGCUACACAGGAUGGCAUUGACGUCUUUUGGGACAACGUUGGCGGCAAAAUUCUGGAGCAUGCACUAGACCAGGCGAAGGUCCAUGGCCGUGUGAUUUUGUGCGGGGGUGUGAGUCAGGUCAAUGUUCAGAAUCCUCAAGGUCCAAGAAAUUAUCUGAACAUUGGAUACAAGAGACUGCACGUUCAAGGUUUUCUUGUCUUCGAUUAUCCCGAUGAAAACCCACAGGCAUAUGAAGAACUUACCCAAUGGUAUCUAGAAGGUAGACUUCAAGCGAGGGAAACAAUUAUGCCAGGCGGCUUGGCACAAGCGGAAAAAGCCCUCUACGAAAUAUACAAUGGCAUUAAUAUAGGGAAACUUCUGGUCGAGCUAUAA